AUGCAGAACAAUUCGGAGCAACGAUCACUCUCCGUAGGUUCGUCUAGAUCCUUCAAUGGUGCUAGCAACGAUGUAGUUUCGUUUAAAACAUCCGCAAUUGUUGUAACAUCCGAUGCAGAGAAUGUUCCUGUCACAUCUGAAUGGUGGAUGAGUAAGUAUUUACCUAGUUAUUCGGCUACGCGAAUGUUCAAGUUCCGUAACCCGAAUUCGUAUAACUGGGCAAAUAAUCUGCUUGCUGGUCUAGCGAUUCUUUUUUAUGGUUAUGACCAAGGGGUCAUGUCUCAAGUGAAUCUUAAUGAGGAUUACCUGAAAUUGAUGGGCAUCUACCCCACCACGGGAAACUCACGUAACCUCGCGGCGCUUGGGGGAAUUGUUUCUGUUUAUUACGGCGGUUCCCUCAUCGGAGCGCUGCUUGGCGGUUCUAUCGCCGACAGGUCGGGACGUAUAACUGCCAUAAUAUUGGGUGUCAUUGUCUCGAUCAUCGGAGCAACAUUUCAAGCCUCCGCGAUGAACAUCACUUGGAUGUGUUGUGCACGAGUCGUGACUGGUCUCGGCGUGGGAGCCAUCGACGCAGUCAUUCCUGUCUGGAGCAGCGAAGUUUCUUCACAUACAGCACGAGGCAGCUUUCUUGCCAUCGAGUUCUUCCUGAACAUCGGUGGACUGUCAUUGGCAUAUUGGAUAGAGAUAUUUGCGAGCAUGAGCAACAAUCAGGUAAUGGCAUGGCGCACACCCCUGGCACUGCAAGUCGUGUUUCUGCUCACGAUUCUCGCGCUUGUACCUUUCUUUCCGGAGUCCCCUCGAUGGCUGGCAAAAGUCGGCCGUGUCUCCGAAGCACGCAAUGUGUUGCAAGCCACCCACAAGGAUGGAGUUGAGGCUGAGCUCGCUGCCAUUGUGCAGAACGUGAUACAUGAUCACCAGCACGCAGAAAACAAUACUUAUAUUCGCAUGCUAUUUCCGAGGACAAAGAGCCAGCGCGAACUACGACGGAGAGUUGUUCUAAGUGUAUGGCUCCAGAUUAUGCAAGAGCUCGUCGGCAUCGGAGUCAUCACUCACUUUCUUCUACAAGCUCUCGCUACUUCUCUGACGUUAUAUGCAGCCAUUGAUCUUAUUCAGGGCGCUGGCUUCAGCCAAGACGAGGCGAAACUCUUGGCUGGAUUCAAUAACCUGUCCUACAUGUUCAGCGUGCUCUUUGCCGUGUUCACUCUGGAUAGGUUUGGCCGACGAGGCACAAUGGUAUGGGGGGCUGCUGGCAUGGCGUUGCUCCUGCUCGUUGGUGGCAUCCUGGACAAAUACGCGCAAUCAGGGGGCCCCAAUCAACGGGCAUAUGGCGCGGGAGUCGUAGCGAUGACAUUCCUGUAUACCGGCACGUUUGGUGCCACCUGGCUAGUAACUCCGUGGCUUUAUCCAACUGAGCUCUUUCCUACAUAUGUUCGGGCCAAAGGAGGUGCAUGGUCUGUUGUUGGAUGGUCCAUAGGAAAUGGCGUCGUGACUAUGAUUACCCCUUUCUUGUUUCAGGCGAUCGAAUAUGGUGUGCUCCUGCUCCUCUUUGGCCUCAAUAUAUUCGUGAUCCCCUUUAUCAUUUUCAUGUAUCCAGAAACUUCAGGUCGUCCUCUUGAGCAAAUGGAUGAUUUCUUCAGCAAUGCGGCAUCUUGGAACGUUUUUACCGCGUCUCGACAAAUACGGGAGCAAGGUUUCACAGACCAUCAAUGGACACGCAAAUACAAUGGCGGUAUUGAACAGUCAGAGACAUCGAUGAAUCGGGUCAGUGGAGACGUAGAUGGUGAAAGGUAUGGAUGGGCGAACAAGCUGAGACGCCGUGCUUCGGAUGCAGGACUCAUGUAA